CACAAGUGAUGUGCAAUACACCAAAACAUUAUACAUACAGUAAAUACACGCCCGGUACAGCGACAGAAAGUUUGACAUUAAUACAAAUGUGUUCGUGUGUCGAUGCUUAAUAAAGAAUACAUUCAAACGCGGAUUUUACUUAACGUCAGCGUGACGGUGACAUUAAAGAUAAUGGGAAAACGUUAUCUUAAAAAUGUGAUCUUCUUUAAUAGACGUUUAACUACUGACUGGAGAAAUAUGCAAGAUAACGAUGACCUGUUUAUUAAUAACGCAUGAAAACAAACAUUCAUUUGAUAAACGGUGUAAGAAUUGUCGAUAUAAUGUCAACAGAUGCUGAGCAGUAAAUGUGAAGGAAAAAUCAAUUUACAGCUAUGUCGUGUUUUUCUGGUCUGGCGAGGUUGUUGCUUGUCCUGAUAAAUAUUGUGUUAAUGUUAGUAUGGCUAGCCGUGACGAUAGUAGGCUUAAUACUGCGAUAUGGGAAGACGAUAUAUACACCGUUCCUGAAAGUGGGGAUGAAUGAACUACAAGAGGUUAUAAAUGAUACCAAACUUGGCUCAUUUACAGUUCAAGAUAUUGAUAUUGGCCAGGUAAUGAUCAACAUUUCUAUCGGGCUGAUUCUCGGAGGUCUGGUGCUGCUUGGUCUCUCCUUCUUGGGCUGUUGUGGGGCCUGUUGCAGGUUCGAGUUCAUUCUCUACGUUUACGCCGUCAUCAUCGGUGUCUGCUUGAUCGGCGAAAGUGUCGGCGUUGGCCUUUUGUACGGAAAACCAUCAUUGGUGAAGGAUGAAGCCCGGUCAUCUCUUUCCAUAUACAAGGGUCUGGCGUCAGACGAUGUCUACUCCUUGGCGUGGAAUAUUGUCAUGAUACAGUUCCAGUGUUGUGGUGUUGACAGUUACCGUGACUUUAACGUUUCAAAGUCCUGGAACAGAAACCCAGUCCCAAAUGACGCCAGUCUGACGUUAGAGACGCCAGUGGCCUGUUGUAAGACGUUACCGUCCGGGACGUCUCAAUCAGAAUUCCAAUGUGCCUUACAGUAUUCAAGUGCUACAAGUAAUGGCGAUCAGGGUUGUUUUGAUUCCAUAUGGAAGGAGUCCCUCGGGAAUACAGCCAUAGCCGUCCCGGUGUUAGUAGUUCUUGCUGUGAUACAGAUACUUUUUAUUAUCUCUGCUGUUAGUGUCGCCAGGGCGGAAGACAGGGUGUCCCCAAUAUGAUCCAGAAAUCAGUGCUGCUGAGCAAUUGAAUAUUUAGAAAAAUGUGCCAACAGCUACUUGGAUUUAUGUUAAAAAGUGUACAAAUUGUUAUUCAUAUUUUAAAGGGACUCGUUCACGUUUUGCGGGUCAGAUAUCGAUUUAUUUUAUUUUAUGUAAACAAAAUGCUUGUAAUAUUGAUAAACUAUAAUCAAAAGUAUAUAUUUGUAUACAGUCGAAACUCUGGUUCUGGUUAAGUCGAAAAAAAGCGAUCAUGGUGGGUUUAGUAAGAUAUGUUUUGUAUGUCGGUUUAAUCGAAGUGUCGUUAUUUCGAAGUAUUUACCGAGGUCCGAACGACUUCGACUUAGAAUGUUUCGACUUAAUAUAUUAGAACUCUUAAAUUGAAAAUUAUUUAUUUAUUUGCCGAAAAGUGUUAGUUAGUAACGCUUUUGAAAAUUGAACGACUUUUGGCUUUGUUUUAGGCCCUUUUCUCCUAAUUACCUAAUUCAAGUUCAACAUAUAUAAACAGUCCCUUAGUUUCUUUGCGAACAUGUAUCAUGUAUCAAUUCGUUUUCCAUGUAAUAAGGAUUUUAAGUGUAUGUAUCAAUCAUUUAAAGAGAUACAAUAAACAUGCUUGGAAUUUUUCAAUGUUUCAAUGUAGAACUAUGUUUUAGGUAAAAGUUUUCAAAUGCAACUUUACGAAAUAGAGGAUAGUUGUUGUUUUUCAGUGAAAGAUCGCAAUAUUUUUCACCGAGUGAACACCAAAGCAUGUUUAUCAUGAGUGUCUUAGCCACUUGUUCACUAUAUACUGUUAGCGUUCACGAUGUGAAAUUGAAUGCGAUUUUUUGAAUGUUAUACCGUAGGUAUGAAUUAACUCCGUUCCCGGACAGUAGCGGACCGAUACGCAAAUACAAACCCUAGUUCAACAUUUUUAUUUGAGUCAAUACAAUUUAAGGGGCGGUGGAAAAAAAGAGGGGGCGGGCGGGGAUGAAAAUCAAGCAAUUAAUUUACAGUCGCCUAUAGGAUACAUUUUUUUUUCAGAGAAGCCGACAAAUUGUAAGGAACGUAGCGUUCAAAUUUAUAUAUUCACUUUUUGAAACAGUGUAACAUUUUUAUUUCAAUGAUUAAUAUAUUGAAACCACCUGAAAGCAUUAUACACUGGUUUCAUAAACAUUGUUUGUAAUAAAACAUGUUUUUUUCAUUGCCAUAUAUUGUUUUUGAAAUGUUUGUUUUUAUCAGUUGCUGUUAUUAAUUUGUAUGAAGUGUUCUGUAAAUACCGAUAUUGCUUGUUUGUUAAGAUGUUUACAUAAACGCAGAGACGGGAAUUAAACGAGUAAAUACGA